CCUGCCUUUCCAUCUUGGAAGGCGAACAACGGAGGGGAGAGGAAGGAGGUGGUGUUGCAGGUGACGGUGCUGGACGUUUCAAUGAGGAAACUGCUCCCGAACCUCGACAGAGAAGAUGGACUUGACACGGUACUUGAGGUUCCAAUUCCGGAGGAGAUAUUCAACCCAAUGGACGGAUCCACGAAAUCAAAUUCAUGGAGCAACGUCAAGACGUGGAUGAAAUGUUCACAAGUCUCUGUGGUUAGACCGGCAGCACCUCUACCUGGUGCUGGUGGUGACUCCGAGCUCCCACUUCUCCUCAAUGUUGUUGGUGCGCCGUUGAUCCCGCUGCCUGUUCAGAAUGAGCAACCUCCCAAUGAUUCCAUAAAAAAUCAUCCCAUCGGUCUUGAUCCAAGGACCACGGCCAGCCUAUUCUCCAACGCGGUCUGCAUAGGAGAGAAGUUAAUCAACAACGAGGGCUGCUUUAUUUGAAAGUUGGAAGCAGGAGCCCAGACACUAAAGGCUCGGAGCAGGAGCAGCUUCGACAUAAUCCACCACACAAUGUGGGGUUAUUUCAGCCAAAGAACAGGUCUCCUCCUCCAAUUCGAGGACACCCAUUUGCUCAGAAUGAAAGGGAAGGGGAAAGGGAAUGACAGUGUGUUCUGGAAAACAAGCAUGGAGUCCUUGAUAGAGGACUAUAGAUUUGUUGAUGGGGUGAACAUUGCACACAGUGGUCAUACCGUGGUCACCCUUUUUAGGUACGGUCACUCUUCCACAGGACACAAAACGAGGAUGGAGGAGAGUUGGACAAUUGAGGAAGUGGACUUCAACGUAUGGGGUUUGCCGUUGAUUGGCUUCAAAUUAGACGGUGGCCGACAGACGUUGUCCACGCAUACUUUAGUUUGUUUCACACUCUUCCGCAGUUGGAAAGAAGUGGCAGCGGUUUUCAUUAACCAAAAGUUUUUGGGUGAUGGGCUGACAUGAGAUGCCCAGGUUUGAAAAUGAAGUCAUUAUAUAGAUGGAAACUAGAAGUUGAGGAGCUGGAGUCCAUCUUCAUUCUCAUCCAGAAAAUGAAAUGAUCUCCGCGUUGCAAGUUAAAUAUAAACUAUU